UCUUUUUCUUUUUAGUAUGCUACUUGAUUAAUUUCUCUAUAAAUUGAAGUGCGAGUUGCAUUUUGAACACACAUCUUCUAAUAAUCCUCUUUGAAUUUUAUAACAAAUAAGUACGAUAAAAUGGAUUCAAGAUUCAACGAUACCGUUCCUUCCCUGAGGUAUAUUGAUGAAAAGAGUGACGAUGAAUAUGCAAUUGUGAAAGCUUUACGUAUGAGUGGUGGAGAAGGAGCAAACAGUUACUCUGCCAAUUCUCUUCUUCAGAGAAGAGUUUUAUCAAUGGCAAAACCAGUCUUGGUAAAAAACACAAAAGAAAUGAUGGUGAAUGUAAACUUCCCUAACUAUAUCAAAGUUGCUGAAUUGGGUUGUUCCUCGGGGCAAAACACGUUUUUGGCGAUCUCUGAGAUCAUCAACACCAUCAAUGUGUUGUGCCAAAACUCGGACCAAAACCCUCCAGAAAUCGAUUGUUGUCUGAAUGAUCUUCCCGAAAACGAUUUCAACACAACGUUUAGGUUGGUACCAUUCUUCAACAAGGAGAUGAUGAUCAAAAACCAAGCAUCAUGUUUCGUCUAUGGAGCACCAGGUUCCUUCUACUCUAGGCUCUUCUCUCGCAACAGCCUCCACCUUAUACACUCCUCGUACGCUCUCCACUGGCUCUCUAAGGUUCCAGAAAAACUCGAAAAUGACAAGGAAAAUGUGUUCAUAACAAAUUCAAGUCCUCUAAGUGCAUACAAAGCUUACUUGAAUCAGUUCCAACGAGACUUCACAAUGUUUCUAAGAUUACGUUCUGAAGAAAUUGUCUCUAACGGACGAAUGGUUUUUAGCUUCAUCGGUAGAAACACCCUUAACAAUGAUCCAUUGUAUAGAGAUUGUUGUCACUUUUGGACACUGCUAUCAAAAUCUCUCCAUGACCUAGUCCUCGAGGGACUAGUGAGUAAACAAAAACUGGAAGCAUUCAACAUGCCAUUUUAUGACCCAAACGAACAAGAACUCAAAGAAGUGAUAGAAAGCGAAGGUUCUUUUGAAAUCAAUGACUUAGAGACGUAUGGAUUCGAUCUUGGGCAUAGUAACUGCGACAACGAAAAAAAUGAAUAUCAAGCAGGAUACAGUGAAGCCUAUUGUAUAAGAGCCAUUGCUGAACCAAUGCUCACUGCUCAUUUUGGAGAAGAUGUUAUCGAUAUCUUGUUCGAUAAGUAUGCUCGCCAUGUGACACAACACUCAGGCUGCAGAAACCAAACGAGUGUCACUCUUGUCCUUUCAUUGACUAAGAAAUAAUCAGCAUUUGCUUGAAAAAAUGCUUCUAUGUUUACUUAUUAUUCCCGAUUCCGUUAAUAAAUUCUAAGACAUGCCCUUCAUGUGAUGAUGUGAUGAUGCUUGUCCUGGAAAACAGAUUGUAAUAUGUUAUACUUAUAUGUUCUAUGUGUGAUUGUAAUAUGUUAUACUUAUAUGUUCUAUGUGUGAUUGUAAGAACUCUUGCUCAAUAUUUGUAAUAAUCAUCAAUGAUAAAUUGCAUUGACAAUGAUA